GAACAAUUGGUGCCAAAGACACAAUCUGAGUAUCCUAUUAUGACUUCUGAGAAGAGCCUUAUCGAAAAACCUGAGUUCCCGAUUCUAGGAGAUAUUCCAAUCUGUGAUCCUCCGUUCCUGUCAGACCAUCAUCAAUUGGAUGUCGCCAGCUCGGCCCACCAGCCAUCAUAUUUAAUGCCCGCUUCUUCUGAAUCUCAGGAUCCUGAAACUAUAAAUGCUAAGGCUGAUGCCUCUCAUGUGUCAGAGGGUGGUUGGGGCUGGUUGGUGGUGCUAGGCAGUUUUGUUGUCCACGUCCUCCUCGAUGGAUAUACUUAUGCCUUUGGAGCUUUGAGCACGGAGAUCGUCGAACAUUACGACACUUCACGUGAGAUGAUUGGCUGGAUCAACUCUAUUUUAGUUGGCCUGACCAUGGGAGCAGGUGUGUAA